AUGGAGCUUCAACAUUUCAGUCACGAGCAUCCGUUGAUCUUCAAUGAAGAGCUAAAUAAGGAUUACGAGAGAUUUAAUUGCCAUGGGUGCACAAAACAAAUGCUGGGUCCGAAUUACAUUUGCAAAGAGUGCUAUUGGUUCAUCCUUCAUAAAUCAUGUGCAGAACUACCCCGCGAGUUUGAACACCCGUUGCACCCCAAAUAUCCCCUUCUUCUCAGUUAUAAGAUGUACCAGGAGAAGGAAAGCAAAUGUGACGGUUGCAAUAGAGAAAAUUUGUGGGGCUUCAUUUACCAAUGCUCUCAUCGCUGUAAUUUUAGCCUUGAAAGUAAAUGUGCUUCUCUACCGCUAACUGUCCAAGCUGAAAUUCAUCAUCAGCACCCAUUGACCCUCGUGCGGAAGUCUCUCUCUUUCACUUGCGACGCCUGUGGGGAAGAAGGCAAAAGCAUGUUUUACUUAUGUGCUACAUGCGCAUUCUUUGUCCACCGAGAAUGUACUUCCUACCCAUCGCUUGUCAAACAUAUUCGUCACAGACACCAUCUUCACCUCACCAAUUCCCUUAAGCAGCCUCAGCUCAAUCAAUCCGACCAUCAACUUUGCCUACUUUGUGUUAAAAAGGUGAACACAAACUACAUGGUUUAUUAUUGCUCAGCUUGUGAUUUUGUUACCCAUCUUCAUUGUGCUGCAAAUAUAAAUAUGAAAGGGCUACAGUGGGAGUGUAUUGAAUCAACAAGUAUGAAAUGCGAAGAUCCGGGGCUUGAUGAAUCCAUUGAUUCCUUACUAUAUGCUGUCAAGAAAUCCAAACUGGGAGAGGACAAAGUUGAAAUAGCCGUGGAAAUCAAACAUUUUAGUCAUGAGCAUGACUUAAGGCUUAUUGAUGAGCAACUUGAGAAUAACGAAAAAUGUGACGGGUGUAUGUCGCCUAUUUACCCUCCGUUUUAUACUUGUACUCCAUGCAGAUUCUUUCUUCACAAAUCUUGUGUUAAAUUACCCACGAAAAAGUCACACCCACUUCAUCGACACCCCCUCGUUCUCCUCCCUGAGCCACAUGAUGUUGGUAAGUAUUUUUGUUGCAAUGCUUGUUGGCGCUAUUGUAAUGGCUUCAUCUAUCACUGUGACAAAUGCAACUUCAACCUUGAUGUCAAGUGUAGUUCGAUGCCUGACAUCUUUAAGCAUGAGGGUCAUGAGCACCGACUUAUUCUCUACAGCAGCGGAACAAAUUAUGAAAAAUGCAGUUCUUGUUAUUCUGGAGGAAAAAUCUUUCGUUGCGCUCAUUGUAAAUUUACUCUAGAUUUCAAAUGCGCUACACUACCGUGUACCAUAAAAUACAAACUGUACGAACAACCGUUCGCACUUUGUUAUAAAGGUGAAGAUGAUUAUAAUGGUGAGUAUUAUUGCGAUAUUUGUGAAGAACCACGAGAUCCAAAACAUUGGUUCUACUAUUGUGGAGAUAUCGAUUUUCCUGCUCAUCCAAAAUGCAUUCUGGGGGAAAAUCCAUUAAUUAAGUUUGGGAAGACUUGUAAGUUUGACAAGCACGAACAUCGCCUCGCUUUUGUUGACAAGAGCAGCAAGGGCGUCCAUCCUACAUGUAAUAAAUGUGGUGAUCCUUGCGAUGAUUGA